GAAUUUAGAAAAAUAAUUAUUAAAUUUUAGAUAAAUUAUAAUAAUAAUAAAAAAGUCAAGUCAAGCAAAGUUCAACAUAGGGAUCAGUCGGUUAUGAGCUAGCAGUAAAUUAAACAAUUUGUCAGUCAAAUAUAUAAAAAUGACACAUAGGUCAAAAGAAUUCUCAAAGAAAUUGAACAAUUGAAUUAGCUAGACAAGAAAUUGUUUAGAGUUUAACUUACUUAAUAUGGCCUUGGCUUAAAAAUUAUGGUAACAAUCGAAUAAAGCUUACUGAAUCAUUAAAGUCUUAGCGAACUUAAAAGAUUUUAGCCAAUUUUAUUUGAUAUUUUACUAGAUACCAAAUUCCCAUUUACUCAUCCUAAAGUUAUUUGCAACACUUAGUUUACAUAUCCCUCUUUUGCGGAUGGUAGAAAUCUAACUGUGGAUAUAAUUACUUAGCCAUGGGCUCCUUCAGUUCUAUUAGCCAAAAUCAUCUAAUAGAUUCCUCAAUUUUUAUCUAACGUAAUUGUAAAUGCUAAUGACAGAGAAUAUAUUAUCUAGUUAGGUAGCUUUUAAGUAGGAGAUGAAUAUGAUUUGGAACUAUUCUUAAAUAUAAAAUGCGUUAAUGCAUUCUUGGUAUAAGAACAAAUAAAUUAAAAAACAUUAGUGCCAAAAUAUAUUCUAAUGACAGAUACACAUUUUUUGAACUUUAGCAUUUUGAAUCAAAAAGAAAGUAUUGUCUAACUCGAUAAGUAAUUCUAUUUGUAGUAGGUUGCCACUGUUAAGAAACUCUAAGAGGCUCAAUAAUUUGUUGUCUUUUAGCUAGAUUUUAACUCUGAAACCAAUGAAGGAAAUUAAAUGAUUUUACAAGUCAAAGAGCAUUAAAAAUUCAUCGAUGUCCUCAAAUUUAAUGUUCAAAAGCUAAAUUAGAAUUUCAAUGAUCCAUAAUAAAAAGCUUAAUCUAGUAAAAAGAAAAUUGAAAUUGCUGAAGAUGAUGUCACAAUUAAAGCCUACUAAGGAACUGAUAUAUAAAAGAUAGAACACAAUAUUGCUAUCUUCCGCUCUAGAUUAGAUGAUGAUCUUUCUCUCUAUAAUAUCAAUAGUUUAACAGAACUUUACUAAAAAGCUAUAGAAUAUUAUUCAGCUAUCGAAGAUGAGAGAUUUAUGAUUUAUGUUUAGAAUUUAUAAGAAUUACUUAAAAGAUAAGAUGUUCAGCUUAUUCUUUAGAGCAAACAAGAAAAUGAAUCAAAACCUAAGAACUAAGCUAAGCAGUAGUAACAGCCUGAUAAUAGGUAAAAAGUUUAAUCAAAAGCUUCCAAAUAAUAUAAGUAAGAUGAGGAAGAAGAUGAUUAUGAAGGAGAGGAUGAAGAAGAAUAAGAAGAGGAAGAGGAAGAAGAAGAGGAGGAGGAAGAAGAAGAGGAAGAGGAGGAAGAAGUUUUAGAUGGGUUUGUAGAUGUCUAGGAAGAGUAAAAAUAGAUUGAGAGAAAUGAAGAUGAUAGCAUUUUUAAUGAUUUCUAAUAAUAUUAAACAUAAUAGUAGAGUGGAUUACCCAAUAAAUAAACUAAUUAGCAAAUCCAAAACUAAUAAGCUAAAUAAUAAAAGUAGUAAUUACCCUAGUAGCAAGUUUAAACAUCUUAAAAAGUUUAGCAAGUUAAUUCUCAUUAAAAUGAGUAAAUUUAAUAGAACAACCAAAAUUUAUAAAAAACUAACAUUAGUUAACAGAGCACUAAAGACCAAAUUAAUACCUCAUCAAGUUCUCUGAAAUCUGCUGAAGAGGCAAUGUCUCAAAAGUCAGCUGAAGAAGCAAUCUCUUAAAAAAAGUAAGAAGUAAAGCAAGAUAAAGAUAGUAGUCCUGCUAAAAUAGAGAAAUAACUAAAGCCUGUUUCUCUUCCAAGUUAAGAAUUAUAAUAAAAAAAUAUAGAUAAUUAAAACUAAACAAAAUUAAAUGAAGCUACUUAAGUUCAAUAAUAGCAAAAAUCUAAUGUAGAAACUCCAGUAAAUUAGGAAUAAUAAAUUUAAUAAUAGGAACAGUCUCCAGCUAAAUAAUAGCAAAUCUAGUAAGAAAUAAAUUAAUAACAAUAAGAAAAUUAAAUCCCUUAAAAUGAUGAGCAAGUUUAUUAGGAGGAAACUGAAGAAAUAACCUUAGAUAAAUAAAAUUUACAUGAAGAAAAAAUUUAAGAGGAGAAAAAAUCUGCUCCUUAGGAAAUUGUUAAUGAAAACACUCCCUAGAAAAUAAGCAAUCAAUAAUAAACAAUAGAACCUUCCUUAGAAAAAGCUCAUUCGUUGGCUAUGGAAUUUAAUGAUCUUGAAUUCUAAUCAGAUUCAAAUAUAAAAUAAGAUGUAAGUCAUGAAAGCCUAUCUGAUAGAAAGGAUAAUUCUGAAUAAGAAUAAUAAGCUAAACAAUAAGUUUAAUAGUUCUCUCCAAAUCAAAAUAAAGAAUAGGUUACCUAGUCUGAAAAUGAAUAAACUAACUAAGUCCAUGAAAAUUUAAACACAUAAAACUAGGUAUAAGAUUAGUAAAAAGAACAAGAUUAAGUACAAUAAAAAGAAGAAACUCUCUAAUAAGAAUAAAAUAUUGAAAAUACUACUUAGUAAAAUGAAGAAUUACCAUCAUAAUCUCAAGAAAACUAAGAAAAGUAAAUAGAACAAGCUAAUAUUGAAUAAAAAGUAGAAUUAGCUGAAUAGAAAGAAGAAAUUGUAGAAUAAAAAGAAGAUAUAGCUUAAUAGUAGCAAGAAACUGUUGAGCAAAAAUAAGAAGAAUCUCAACUCAAAGAAUAAGUUAUUGAAGAUAAACAAGAUGUAGUUGAAGAGAAAGAAGAAGUAACUGAAUUGAAAGAAAAAGCUGUUGAAUAAAAAGAUGAAAAUGAUCACUAAUAAGAAGAAACCGUUCUUUAGAAUGAAUUGGUUGCUGAAUAAAAAGAAGAAAAUAUUAAAUAAGAAGAAGAAACUAUUUAACAAAAUGAAGUAGUUGUUGAAUAAAAAGAAGAAGUUCUACCUUAAAAAGAAGAAAUAGCUGAGUAGCAAGAAAAUUUAAUUGAAUAAAAAAAAGAAGAAGAAGUUGAAUAAAAAAAUGAGGUUAUUGAAGAGAAUAGUGAAGUGAUUGAAAAGAAUGAAGAGAUUGUUGUUUAAAAAGAAGAAGUAACGGAGUAAAAAUUAGAGGCUAUUGAAUAAAUAGAAGAAAUAGUUGAAUAGAAAGAAGAAGUAGCUGAAUAGAAAGAAGAUAUUGCAGAAUAAAAUGAAAAGGUAGAUGAAGAAAAAGUUAUUGAAAAAAAUGAAGUAAAAACUGAAUAAAAUGAAUAAAUUAUUGAAUAAAAUGAAGAAUUGUAGCAAAAAGAAGAAAUUAUCCAAUAAGUUGUAGAAUAGAAAGAAUAAAUUGACGAAUAAACUACUCAAUCUCAAGAAAUUUCAGGAGAUUAGGAUAAAAAUCAAGAAAAUACUUAAUUAAAAGAAUAAGACAAUGAAUAAGAAUAAGAAAAUACUAUUGUUAAAAAUGAUGAAGAAUCAUCAAAUUAAAUUUAAAAAUAAGAAGAGUCACAACCUUAGGAUUCAGAUAGUUAAAAGGAAAUUGAAUAAAAAGAUGAUCAUGAAAAUAAUAAUUAGUAAGUAUUAAAUUAAGAUGACUAAUAAAAGGAAUAGGCCUAAUAAGAUGAUUCUCCUUAAAAACACUAAGAGUCUAAUGAACAUAUAGAUGAAGAAGAAUAAAAGGCUUAAGAAGAAUAAGAUAAUGGUAAUGUUGUAACUGAAGAAAAUGAAAGAAUCGAAACUGAAGAAAAUUUUGAAACUUUAAACACAGAGCAUGAUGAAGAGCAUUAAGAAGAGAAGAAGGAAGUUAAGAAAAAAACCAAAGUUUCUGCUUUUGACAGAUUGUCAUAGCCUAAGUAGAAGACAGCUACAAAAGAUGAAAAAGCCACUACUUCUUCAAAAACAGCUACCACUAAAACAAAAACAGCAAAAACACCUUCAGCUACUGAAGGCACAGACAAUAAAAAGAAACCUCCUGCUAGAAUAACUAAAACUACCACUACCACCAAGAAAAAUUGA